GCGGGAGCGGCCGCAGGGGACGCGCUUGCUGUCGCCGCCGCAGGUGCCUCCCGUCCCGCAGGUCCCGGCCAGCCCCCGAGGCCGGGCGGACUGGCUCCCGGGUUGCGCCUCUGGAGCGAGCAGGAAGCGGUGCCGGAGAAGGCGGCGGCGGCUCUGGCACCUGUGGCGGCGGGAUGGCGGAGCUCGACCUCAGCCCGGCGGCCGUGCUGGCUUUCCUGCGAGAACGCGGCGGGUCGGUGCGUAACGCCGAGUUGGUGAGCGCCUUCCGGCCGCUGCUGGAGGCCGGCGGGGAGGCGGCGGAGCGGACGGAGCGGCGGGAGCGGUUUAAGGCGGCGGUGAAUGCCGUAGCCGUGGUGAAGGAACGGGACGGAGCCAAGUUCGUCGUGCUGAAGCGGGACCUGCGCGCCGCCCCGCCGCAGGGGGGCGCCCUGGCACCGGGGGGCGCUGGGGCACCGGGAAGCGGCGAUGGCGGCAGCGCCGGCCCUGGGCCGGUUGCGUGCCCGGUCCCCACCGGGCGGCUCUCGCCGGCGCCCUCCGAGGAGCUGCCGGGCCCACGGGCCGUCUCCGAGCUGCGAGGCCUCUUCCAGGGCGGUGAUGGCACCGUGCCCCUGCCCGCCGGUGCAGCGGGGCCCCGGCGGGAGCCGCUGCCCAAGCCUUGCAUGCUGCCGGUGCGGUGCGUGCCACCCCCCUCUGCCACCGCCGCCACCCCGGGCACCCCUGAGGAGCCAAGCUCCCCCCUGUCCCCCCCGCAGCUGGAGGAGGAGGCCGGAUCCCGCUCACCUGGCCUGCGGCGGGGUCCCAAGAACCAUCGUGCCAGCGAGGAGACGUCGGCGGUGCCCUUGGAGGAGGCUGAGCACCAGUGGCUGGUGAUGGCGGCCGGGGGGCAGUGGACCCAGCAGCUCCACGGGCUGCUGCUGGGGGAUGCCAGCUUGGCGGCACGGAGGGACUUCAUCUCGGGCUUCACCGCCCUGCACUGGGCUGCCAAGAACGGCAACUGCGACAUGGUGACGAACAUCAUCCGAGCGGCCGAGAAGGGGGGCGCCCGGGUCAACGUGGAUGCCAGGUCGCACGGUGGCUACACGGCGCUCCACUUGGCUGCCAUCCACGGCCAGGAGAAGAUCAUCACCAUGCUGGUCUACAGCUACCACGCCAAGAUUGACCUGAGGGACUACAGCGGGAAGAAGCCACACCAGUACCUAAAGGAAGGGGCAUCUUCCGCGGUCAGGCGCUUGCUGGGGGACCCCAGCCUUGCCCACGGCGUGGAGCCCUCCGCGCCCAUCAAGAAGAGCACAAAGCUUGCGGCUUCCAUCCUGAGCUCCACCAGCACUUUCCUGGGGGUCAUAUCUGAUGACAUGGCUUUCUACGACCUCACCAAAGGGCUGAGGAAGCCUUCCUCCUUGAACAAGCUGCUGGCUGCCACGACGGGCCCGAGGAGGAAGCCAAAGACCAGAGGGGGGUUCCCUUCCUAUUCCUCCCUCUCCGAGGUGACGGAGGAGGAGGAGGAGGUUGUUGUGAAGCGCAGACCUGUUUCUGAGCUGUUCUUUGGCCACUAGCCUCCUUGGGAUCAGAAGUGUUUCAUAACGUGGCUGGGGGCUCCGUUUUCUCUCACGGAAGCAGCCUGAGUUUCUUCUCUCCGUGUCCGUCCCUUCGGGGGUCGAACUAAACGGCUGAUGCGAGCUGGCUCCAAAGGGCACUGGAUGAAACCCAGCUCGGAAAGACCUGUGGCAAGAAGAGCGUUAUCAGUGCUGUAUGUAUCAUCCUGCUGCUGUGUCUGUGGAGACCUUUAUACUUCGUGGUCAAACACUGAAACAACCUGUGAGUGUGUGUGUGUGUGUAGUUUAAAGUGCAGCCUGAGAGAUCUGUGUUCCUCGGCUGGAGAGCAAAAGGGAGGGACAGAAUUGUGUCCCUUACACUGUGAACAGCGAGCUGGUAGCUGGCUACUUCUAACACGGCUUGUUCUAGAGCAGGCUUAACUUAUUAGAGGGCAGAGGCUUAGUUUUCUAUCAUGUUUCUGCUUAUUUUGGUACCAGGAGAGGAAUGUUUCUAUUUAAAAUAAACUACAGUGUUCUUAACUUGUUCAAACCAAAAUGUUUGAUCAGAAACAGGAACCUAAUGAUCUGAAUUGCUGACUAAUGCAUUUUAUUAGCUAAACAACUUAAAAGAUAACUCCCCAGCCCUCAGGUCACUGUGACCUGCCUACCUCAGUCUGAAAGCUACGUGAGCAUUUUAAAUGGCUUUCUUCUCCUUCUCCUCCUCCUCCUCCUGAAAAGCUUUUCUGACCAGGUGGUACCAACCACAGCCCACAGAUGAUACUGUGAACCUUUAAACCUGACUCUGGUCAGGUCAUUGAACUGGAAGAAGAAUCUUGGUGACGUUUGAUGGUGAAGAAUCAAACUGAAAAACUGAGGAUGGGAUCCUGCAGCAGUUUUGAGGAGCCAACAAAGUCUGAUUCUUUUUAUUUAGAACUUGGCCUUGGAUUUAAUCUUUUUGGGUUUGGUUUUUUUUGGACUGGUUGACAAUAAACACUUCAAGAAA